AUGGACAAACUCGAUAAAAUAAUCGCGUAAUUAGAUGAAUUAGAGUUGAGUUAAAAACACAAAGAAGAAUAGAUUAAACAUAAUCAAAAUUCUUUGUUGCUAAGACUACCUAAAGUGAUACUAAUCCAAAGACUAUGUGCAUUUUUGGAUGAUCUAGAUUUAUAUAGAUUUACAGCUACUUGUUCAUCAUUGAGAAACAUAAUGUUUUGUCCUCUGGGAUUUAAAUUAUUGUCUUUAAGUCGAAAUGCACAACAUAUUGUUGGAGGAACUAAACAAUAAUAACAAUAACAAAUACUUUUGUAAGAAAAAUAAGAGAUUGGCUCCAGUGGACAUUUAUCUGGGAAUAGCAGUGUCUUUGAUUCAGAAGAAGAUGUAUUAGCUCAAUUACAUGCUUUAAAAUCUGUGAAAGAAUUUCUAACCACUAAAUUGUAAUCAUCUUAAGCUCAGAUACAAAAUCUUGAGGACUUGAUAGCUGAUUCCUCUGAUACUUUGAAAUAUGAAAAGUCAGUCAAUCUGAAAUUGCAAUCCAAAAUCAAUAUACUACAAAACCAACUCUCCAUUUCUGAAUUAUAAAGACAAGAUGUAAAAGAAAAUUUAUCUGAAUUGAAUUCUAAAUACAAUAAAAUUAUUAGCUCGAUGGAAUAGGAUAGAGCAUUACUCCAAGAUGAAAAUGAUAAAUUACUGGGACAUAAGAAAGUGCUUAUAUAAGAAGUCUACAAAUUGAGAGGAAUGAUUUCUUAAAUGGAAACGGAUCAAAAUAUUUAUUAAUCAACCUUAAAAUAAGUUAGGGCUUUUAUGGACACCAUUGAUUUGAAACCAAUUUGA